CCCAUACACAAAAACACUCACAGAACGUUUGGAGAUUACCGGGCAGUCGAAUUCUAGUUUGAAUCGGAAGCACUGACUGGUCAAAGUGAUCAUUGUGGUGGCUUGGAACUAAGCCCAGUCAUGCCGCACUGGUCGAUUCCGCGCGUUCGAGUCCAGUGCCUUGGGUGGGCAACCAAAGUGCAGAAGGACCAAGGGUCCCAAGGAGGGAUCCGUACCAGAACCAAAAUUGAGAAACUUUUCUCGCUUGUGAAAGACAGACACAUCAAGACAUGUAACAUGAGCAAAAAUCACACGGUAACAACCAUCUUGCAAACUGCUGAAAUCCCCACAGUAACUUGUGACGAUCUCCAAAUGGAAAGGCUGAUCGAUCUCACUCCCUUGGACAAUGGAGGCUGCAAGGGGGUUAAAUGUCUUUCCGAACUAAACAAGAAAAUCUCAAAGAGUGGGAACAUUCCGGGAGGAAAAGGAGCUGCCUUGCUGCCCACUCAAGAAACCUCGUUGGGCUGCCCCCGGCAGUGCAGCAAGUACGGCUUGUACGGUAGGAUUGUCUACCUCCUCGUUAAGGAGGCUUAG